AUGGUGCCCAUGAUGGUUGACGUGCUGCUCAAAGAAACGCAGACCGAUGAAACGCCGGAGGAGUUAGAACGGAUUGUUGUUGAAUUUGUGGAUAACCUGACCGGCAAGCAGACCAUUUAUCAGAUGAUCCAACUGUGCGAAGAAAUUAAGAAGCGGGGUGGGGUUCCGAAACAACCGUUGGAAUACAAAGAUCUGUAUAACAGCCUGCUCCUGCCAACCGUGGAUGAACGUAUCGCUAAGUUGGAAAGGGGAGAGAUUGAAGCUGCGAAUCUGCGUGUGCCGAUGUCGCUUGAGUUCCUACAGUCCUUGCAGAACGUGGCAGAGUUGCUGGGUGCUGCCUCCUACUUUGACGGGGGGAUCUUCGGGGCAUUGCGGGAAUAUCAAAACUUCUCGAAGGAGAUGGUAAUUCAGCAGAUUCUCGAUGACUUCAACCUGACCGGAAGCCAGCUUCUAGUGGUUGGUGACGGUUCGGUGGAGAUCGAAAAUGCGAAGGCGGUCGGCGCAAUCGCCGUGGGCGUGACAUCCGUGGAGAACAACCGCUACCAGAUGAACGCGGACAAACGGGGCAGGCUGCUCCAGGCCGGUGCGGAUAUUCUGAUUCCCGACUUUCAGGACGGGGAUCGGCUAUUGACCUAUCUUUUUGACAGCUAA